ACGUGAAACGUCAAACGAAACGAUUGUUUUGUUUGUGUUCGUUGUUGGAUUUUGAGGUUAUUUUCAAUUGAACUCAAUUAAUUAGUAUUUAGCCUAAUACCUGUACAUCCUACCAUAUAAUUAAAUAGACAAAAAUGUCUAGCAAACCCAACUCUAAGAGAACAGUUUACGUCGGAGGCUUAGCGGAGGAGGUGGACGAAAAAGUUUUGAACGCCGCUUUUGUACCUUUUGGUGACCUGAUAGAUGUGCAGAUACCCCUCGAUUAUGAGUCGGAGAAGCACAGAGGAUUCGCUUUCAUCGAGUUUGAGAAUGCAGAAGACGCUGCUGCUGCUAUAGACAAUAUGAAUGAUUCGGAACUAUUUGGUCGUACAAUAAGAGUGAAUAUAGCUGCACCACAAAGGAUCAAAGAAGGCUCGACCCGGCCGGUGUGGUCCGAGGACAGCUGGCUCCAGAAGCAUGCGGGUGAGACACUGCCAGGGAACAAGACUGGACCUGGUGAUGAAAUAGAAGAGAAGAGUGGAAAGACUGAUACCACUGCUGAUACUGAGCCGGCCAAACCAACAAGCAAAAAGAAUCCCCAAGUUUACUUUGACAUCAGCGUUGGCAAGCAAGAGAUUGGACGCAUAAUCAUGCUAUUGAGAGCAGACAUUGUACCAAAGACUGUUGAGAACUUCCGCUGUCUCUGCACGCAUGAGAAAGGUUUCGGCUACCAGGGCAGCAGCAUCCACAGAAUCAUACCAGACUUUAUGUGUCAAGGUGGCGACUUCACAAACAACAACGGCACCGGAGGCAAGUCGAUCUACGGCCGCAAGUUUGAAGAUGAGAACUUUACGCUGAAACACACCGGGCCGGGCAUACUGAGCAUGGCCAACUCCGGGCCCAACACCAAUGGCUCACAAUUCUUCAUUUGUACCGCUAAAACUGACUGGCUAGACAAUAAGCAUGUGGUGUUCGGUCACGUGAUAUCAGGCUUAGAUGUAGUGAAGAAGAUGGAGAGAUACGGCAGCAAGAGUGGAACAGUCUCGUCUAAAGUGGUUAUAACCAACUGCGGUGAAUUGCAGUGAAUUGAUGAAUAAAAUAGUUUUCUA